AUGUCGUCCCGUGUAGCAGGGCCGGCCAAUCUGCUCACUGGGGAGGCUUGCCCCACCACCGAAGGGGGCACAAAAGGCCAGCCCCUUGCCCCAAAGGACCGCGCGGCUGCCACCUGCAAACACUCCAGUGCCCUUGUGCCUCAGCUGAGGGGUGUUCCUGGGAAAGAUGAAUGCCAUUGGAAGCGGAAAUUCUUGGCAAUAAGAAAAAAAAGCCUGCCCGGUGCAGACGCGUGCCCCACCCAGGCAGCUCCCAGCUUCAGGGGAUCCAGCGAGCGUCUGAGUCCCACUGCCCGGGAUCACAGGAGGGCAGGCCCGCGCCCCCCCCCCCCCCCCCAGAGGCAGGUGCAGCCCCUUCCUUUCCCCUGGGCCAGGGCUCCAUUCACAGCGGCUGCGCCCACAGCCACUUCUGUGGAUUUGAAUCAGGGAAGACCAGGCAAGCUGCGCAAGACCUUGGCAUCUUGGAAUCCGCAACAUCAUGCUGGACUUCGUAGACGAUACUCAGAUGUGGCGCUGGAUGUGAACCCGGUCCCAAGAAGCAGAGCUUCGCUUUGGGCAGAAAGAAGCAAACCCAUUAGAAAGGUAGGCAGGACGAGACAUCACCCAAAGGCUGCACAGCCAACGUCCACAGUGGGGAGUCCCUCUGGGGGCAAUGAGGGUCUCCGGCAAGAUUUGCCCAGAGGCUUAAAGCAGGGGGUCUUGACUGCCAGGAGGACGUGGGUGGAGAGUGAGCAGAAGGGAGGGCCCUGCCCCAGACAGGAGCGGCCCAGAUUCAGGCUGGGGCAACGCAAAGGCACAUUAGGAGAAUGUCUAUCAAAAUGUCUAUCCAAAACAGCCCUAUUCUGAAGUCCGCUUCCUAGAGCUGUUAAGAUUAUUAAGCACACAACUGUUCCCAAAUCCUAAUUAUCUG